AUGGUCCUCACCCUCCUCAUCUCGGCCUAUAAACUCUUCAGAUACAUCAACAUGUUCAACAACGAGCACCUUGUCGUGCCGGGCUACGUCAACAGCAUUUGCUGGUGGCAGAAGUCAGGGGGCACGAACAAGGGUCAGCAGGUGUCUCCCGGGGUGAGCACCGACGUACAGACGGCUCUGGAUAGAGUCCUGCCCGAUCUCCAUGUUGCUAUCUCUAAGCUGAAGCAGGCCAUGUGUGAGACCAGUAUAUGUGACACCAUUGACGAGAUCUUUCAGAUGGUGGAAGAGGCCUGGGUGAUGCCGGCGGUGGGAAGAGAGGUCGCCCAGGGCUUGUGCGAGACUAUCAGGCUUGAAGGUGCUUUGGAUCUGCUCCUCUCCUUUCUUCAGUCAGCGGAGAAGGAGGUGAAGUACAAGUCAUGUCAUCUUCUGGAACAGAUUCUGGUGUCGGAGAACAGAGAUCGCAUUGCACGCGUUGGAUUGGGCGUAAUCUUAAACAUUUCAAAGGAGAGAGAUGACCCAAGACUUGCCCGACACCUAUCUGGCAUCCUUGAGCACAUGUUCAAACACUCUGAAGACACCUGCAAACAACUGAUAUGUGAUGGAGGUCUGGACACGAUCCUUUUUUGGUGUCGCUGGACAGAUCCAGUAGUGCUGAGGCAUUGUGCUAUGGCUCUGGCCAACUGUGCUAUGUAUGGUGGACCUUCUAAUCAGAGGCUGAUGACCGAGAGGAAGACAGCUGAGUGGUUGUUCCCUUUAGUUUUCUCCAAAGAGGAUGACCAGAUACGUUUUCAUGCAUGCCUUGCAAUCACUGUCUUAGCAACAAACAAAGAAAUUGAGAAGGAGGUUGAAAGGUCUGGUACACUGGCAUUGGUUGAACCAUUUAUUUCUACUUUGGACCCUGAGGAAUAUGCCCGUUGCCUUCUGAACAACACUGAUAACACACAAGGAAGGGCAGCUGGUGACCUUCAGCGUCUUGUGCCACUGCUGGACAGCUCCCGGUUGGAAGCCCAGUGUAUUGCUGUCUUCUAUUUGUGUGUGGAAGCUGCUAUCAAAUCCCAGAACAAGAAUACAAAGGUGUUCAAUGAGAUCGGAGCCACACAAAGCCUAAAGCGAAUCGUAUGCUACUCUGUUGACUGUACUGUUUCCUCCCUGGCCAAAAAAGCUCUUCAGAUGGUUGGUGAAGAGGUCCCUUCUCGUAUUCCACGUUCUGUACCCAACUGGAAACCAUUAGAAGUACAACACUGGCUGCAGCAGAUUGGAUUUAACAAAUAUUCACAGAUGUUUUCAGACCACCAGAUUGACGGAGAUCUACUGCUGAGAUUAAGUGAGAUAGAUCUAAAAGAAGACUUGGGUAUGAUCUCCAGUAUCACUCGUAAGAGAUUUAUGAGGGAACUGGUGGAGUUAAAAACGUAUGCCAACUACUCAACAUGUGAUCGGAGUAACCUGGCUGAUUGGCUUGGCAGUGUAGAGCCGCGGUUCAGACAGUAUACGUAUAAUCUGGUUACUUGUGGCAUUGAUCGGAAUUUUCUGCAUCACGUGACUGAGGAGCAGCUAGAGGAGGAUUGCUACAUCACAACAGGUUUUCACCGUGUCCGUAUUUUGUCAGCAGCCAGAGAGAUGCUGCACUCGCCUCUUCCAUGCAGUGUUGGCAAAUCUAGUUAUGAUGGCCCUGAUGUUUUCAUCAGUUACCGUAGGAGCACAGGAUCCCAGCUGGCCAGCCUUCUGAAGGUUCAUUUGUAUCUCCAUGGCUUCAGUGCCUUUAUUGAUGUGGAAAAGCUGGAGGCAGGAAAAUUUGAGGACAAAUUGAUUCAAAGUGUUAUCAGCGCUAGAAACUUUGUCCUAGUCCUCUCUGCUGGAUGUUUGGAUAAAUGCAUGGGAGACUACGAAUGCAAGGACUGGGUACACAAAGAGAUUGUCACAGCACUGAACUGUGGGAAGAACAUUGUGCCGGUCACUGAUCACUUCGAAUGGCCAAACCCAUUGAGCCUCCCUGAAGAUAUGAGAGCCGUGUUAAAGUUCAAUGGCAUUAAGUGGUCACAUGAGUACCAGGAUGCCACCGUUGAGAAGAUUAUUCGCUUCUUGCAAGGGCGAUCCUCUCGGGAUUCUUCAGUUGGAUCUGAGACCAGUCUUGAUGGCUCGCCUCCUCUAGGGGACAAAUAG